AUGAUUUUACUUUCUUUCAUUUGCCGGGAAACUAAUCAUCGAUUCACUUCGGUCUCUUUUCUGAUUCUGUCUUUCUCUCUCUCUACUUAUUCUCUCUCUCUCCUUAUUCUCACCCUCUCUCUUUUUAUUCUGUCUUACUCUCUCUUUUCUUAUUCUCGCUCUCUCUCUCCUUAUUCCUUCUCUCUCUAUUCUUAUUCUGUAUUUCUCUCUCUCUUUAUUCUUUCCCUCUCUUUAUUCUCGCUCUCUCUCUUUUUAUUCUGUCUUGCUCUCUCUUUUCUUAUUCUCGCUCUCUCUUUCUCCUUAUUCCUCCUCUCUCUAUUCUUAUUCUGUCUUUCUCUCUCUCUUUAUUCUUUCCCUCUCUUUAUUCUCGCCCUCUCUCUUUUUAUUCUGUCUUACUCUCUCUUUUCUUAUUCUCGCUCUCUCUCUCCUUAUUCCUUCUCUCUCUAUUCUUAUUCUGUCUUUCUCUCUCUUUUUAUUCUUUCCCUCUCUUUAUUCUCGCUCUCUCUCUUUUUAUUCUGUCUUGCUCUCUCUCUUUUCUUAUUCGCUCUCUCUUUUCCUUAUUCUCCUCUCUCUAUUCUUAUUCUGUCCUCUCUCUCUUUAUUCUUUUCUCUCUUUAUUCUCGCUCUCUCUCAUUUUAUUCUGUCUUGCUCUCUCUUUCUUAUUCUCUCUCUCUUUCUCCUUAUUCUCCUCUCUCUAUUCUUAUUCUGUCUUUCUCUCUCUCUUUUUCUUUUCUCUUUUUAUUCUCUCUCUUCUUUUAUUCUGUCUUGCUCUCUCUUUUCUUAUUCUGCUCUCUCUCUCCUGAUUCCUCCUCUCUCUAUUCUUAUUCUGUCUUCUUAUUCUUUAUUCUCUCUCUCUUUAUUUCUUCUCUCUUUUUUCUGUCUUACUCUCUCUUUUCUUAUUCUCUCUCCUCUCCUUAUUCUUCUCUCUCUAUUCUUAUUCUUUCUUCUUCUCUUUUUUUUUUCUCUUUUAUUCUCGCUAUCUCUCUUUUUAUUCUGUCUUGCUCUCUCUUUUCUUAUUCUCUCUCUCUUUUCCUUAUUCCUCCUCUCUCUAUUCUUAUUCUGUCCUUUCUCUCUCUUUAUACUUUAA